UUGAAUUUGCUGCGCCAUCAAAAAGCAGGAAGUGAAUCUGCUCUCUCGCGAACUUGUUUUUCGUCUCCCAUCGAGUGAUUCCUUUUUAAUUUAAACAUAAAAUAGGAAGCUCGAAAUGACGCGUGCGUGCCUAAGACAUGUUUUGAAUUUUCUCAGCAUAGGCCUGGUUCUUUCUUGCGGCUGGAAGCCUUUACCAGACGAUGUUUGGCAAGUCCCGUCCUUCGAAGCCGGAGCUCAUCAGGUGGCCGAGUUCGAUAUCCCCGACCCGGAGGCCUGCCGGCAGAGAUGUUGCUCGAACGCCCUUUGCUCCGUGGCUCUUCUGGGCUACCCGGCGGACACCACGGCCAAGUGCAUCCUGAUGGGGUGCAUGGGCGGGUGUCAGCUGCUGCCCAGCUCUCAGUUUGAGGUGGUCGGAGUGAAGCAGCCGCCGAUUGCCGUGCCACUUGAUGGGAACUCGCCACCUGUCAGAAGGCUUGCCGAGGCAUCGGAGCCCUCCAAAAAUACCACAAUUGCCUGUCACCAGCCCAUGAAAGUGGGCUCGUGUCGCGCUGCCUUCCCCCAAUUCUACUACGACAUCGUCAACCAGACGUGCCGCAGCUUUACGUAUGGCGGCUGCGAAGCCAACGGCAACAACUUCGACAGCCUCGAGGACUGCGAGGCCACUUGUAAUGGAGUCACAGGAUCCGUUCUUCCCGACGAGUCGGCAGCGACGACAUCUGACGAUUCGGCGAAAUCAGUUCGAAUGGCUCAGAUCCCUUCUCUAAAUGCCCUGACGUACGAAGAUGAUGAUGUCGAAGAUAAAGUGAUCUCUGCUGAAGAAUAUUCUGAGCGUUGCGAGGCGGAGCCGAUGGUGGGUCCGUGCAGAGCUGCAUUCCGCCACUGGUACUACGACAGCCAGCAACGCCAGUGCAAGGCUUUCCUUUACGGAGGCUGCAAAGGCAACCAGAACAACUACAAGAGCCAAAAGAGCUGCUUGGAUGCGUGCCACGUGAGUGUUGUCCCCGCCCCCAAGAAGCUUUUGUCACCUGACUCAUCCUCAGAUGUCGAAGAGGAAUGCUUGUCGUCUCCCGACUCGGGUCCUUGCCGCGCCGCCUUCCCCAAGUUCUACUACGACCCGUCCACCGACAGCUGUCAAUCAUUUAUCUACGGAGGUUGCCGUGGCAAUAAAAACCGCUACAGCAGCGCUGAGGAGUGUCAGACCCGAUGCAGUGGCGCCGCAGAUGGUUUCUUGGCAGGUCGUGAAAAAUCACGCAGUCGCUGGACCGCAGCCUUUUUUGUUCUCUUGACUCUGGCGGCCAUUUGCACUUUGCUGGUGUCCGCCCUGGUGGUGACCGUGCUGAGACGUCUGCGCGUGAGCCGCAGAGCCUCUAUCGUCAGUGACAAGGAGGAACUGCUUCCAGAUGUGCGUUCAUCUUUCGAGUCUCUGAACGUCCCGACCUUGCCAACCAUUCGCAAAGCCUGAAACGUUUGCGGUAAUCACUUUAUUAGGUACAUCCUAAUGCAAACUACAUAUUGAAAUUUAAAAUUAAACAUGAAUUGUUUGUAUUGGAUUGUAUUAGGUGAUGUAGCUAAUAAAUUGAGUUUGAGGUGAUUGUCUACUUCCUACUUCCAGCACAAAGGUUAAUUGUCGGAUUAUUUUUUUUGUCAUUUAUUUUUCAAACGUUGAUUAGUAUGUGUACCACUUGUGGGCUUUUAAUGUUAUUGCUAUUGAGCAGUAAGCUGCCUUAGUCACCUUAGAUUCCAAAUAUUUAAUCAUUCUUAUCGCAACCUUUAAUUGAAUACUUUGGGCAUGGAUUUGUCAUUUGUAUGGGACAACUUGUCAAAGUUUUAGUUGCAUAUUUUUAUUUAAUCACAUUUUUAAAGGUCAAAUUACACAAUUUUGUCAGAUUUUCAGGCUGAGUGUAAAAUUUCAAUUUUCUGUUCAUGAAAUCAUCAAUAAACUUAACUAUGAUUUCGA